CGAGAACUUCUGCAUUCUGGAUGAGCAGAGGUUUGCCAAGGAGCUACUCCCCAAGUACUUCAAACACAACAAUAUCUCUAGCUUCAUACGACAGCUUAACAUGUAUGGUUUCAGGAAGGUGAUUGCUCUGGAGAAUGGUAUGAUUACAGCAGAGAAAAGCUCAGUCAUUGAGUUCCAGCACCCUUUCUUCAAGCAAGGGAAGGCACAUUUACUGGAAAACAUCAAGCGCAAGGUAUCUGCAGUAAGAACUGAGGAUCUCAAGGUCUGUACAGAGGAUUUGCACAAAGUACUCUCUGAAGUCCAGGAAAUGAGAGAGCAGCAGAAUAACAUGGAUGUCAGACUGGCUAACAUGAAGAGAGAAAAUAAGGCCCUGUGGAAAGAAGUGGCAGUUCUAAGGCAGAAGCACAGUCAACAACAGAAGCUGCUGUCUAAGAUUCUUCAAUUUAUACUAAGUUUGAUGCGAGGAAAUUACAUUGUUGGGGUCAAAAGAAAAAGGUCUCUAACGGAUGCUGCAGGUGCUUCACCUUCCAAAUACAGUCGUCAGUAUGUUCGCAUACCUGUGGAGAGUGGCCAAGCAGUGGCUUUUUCUGAACAUGAUGCAGAUGAUGAGGAUGGAAAUGGUACAGGUCUCAUCAUUCGAGAUAUCACUGAUACCCUGGAAAAUGCCACUGAUGGUCUCCUUGCUGUAGCACACACAAGUGGCAGAGCCAGAGAGACACAGGCAGCUCUGGAUCCUGGCUUACCUAUUUGUCAAGUAUCGCAGCCAAAUGAGUUAAAUUGUGCAGAAACUAUCCCACCAGUUCAUAUAAAUGAUGUCAGCAAAUCCAGUGAAAUAGGAAAUGUUGCUGUGGAACUCCAUACUGCACAACCUAAUGCUCCAGAAGACCCUGUGUCAGUGAUUGACUCCAUCUUGAAUGAGAACAACUCUGGAAACCAAAACGAUCCUUUACUGGACAGGGAAGAAAUUCAGGAUUUUCUUAAUUGCAUUGAUGCCAGCCUUGAAGAGCUUCAAGCAAUGUUAUCUGGGAAGCAGUAUAACUUUGGUUCUGAAGCUUUCAGCGAUACGCUUAAUUCUGAGCUGCCAGCCCUUGACAUGAGCUUGAUGGAAACUUCCCCUGGUAUGGAAAAUAUUGCAAACUUGGCAGAGAGCACUGAAGAUCUGGGAGCAAGAGAGAGAGAAACAGCCGGAAGCAAAGAUAUGCAGCUGAUAGAGUACAGGGCCAAUCCUCUGCUCUCAUUAUUUGAAGAACUACCUUCAAGUGAAGCUGCAGGGAAGACAGAGGAUCCAAAAGACCUUCUGCUGCCCCCCCUGGAUGAGAAACCUGCUCUUCAUCCUCCCUCAGGUAGUGGAACUGGCUUGCCGCUAGCAGCUCCAGCAAGCCAGGCUGAGCCUCUGGAUGCUCUGGGAAUGGGUGAUCCACCUCUCCUCUCGGAAGAUGGGAACGGAGAGUAUAAACUGUUUCCACUCUUGCUCCUCAGUCCUGUUGCUAACUUCAUAGAAGAGGCCUCUGAGAUAGAAACUUCUUGAACUCACAUAACAUCUGUAACUGGCUUAGUGGUGUGAAUAGACAACAAGAAAUGGAUCAGCAAGAAGUUUGACCUCUCUCCUCACCUGCUUCCUGGGUGUCAUAGUCUGUAUAGGCAAAAGAACGUUCUCUUUCUACAAGCAAAGAGUACAUCUGGAAAAUCUGAAAACAGGCUCAAAACAAGAGCUGGUGGGAGUGAAGGCACUGGGCAGAGGAGAAGAACAAUGUCCCUGUAAACAUACCGCGAUGUAUUCCGUAACUUUUUAUCCGAUACCCUUAUUGCAAGAGGAGAUCUGUUUGUAUCCUGUUUGUAAAGUUUGGCUGGGGUUUUUUGUUGUUUGGGUUUUUUUAUUAGCUGGAUAGUAAUGUGGUAUGUAAUAUUUUAAACAUGAGUUUUACUCUUUCUGAGAGCCUGUUUCAAUAGGUGGCUUGUCUACUGUUUGAAAUUGAGAUUUUUUUUAAUUUUGUUUUUAAUUUGAGAUUUCUUUUUUGAUAGUUUGUGGCUACAAUUGUUUGCAUCUGCUUAGAUCACUUUCGUACUCCUAGAUUUGCUCCUAGGUACAGGGAACAUUUUUCCUAUGGAAAAUUACAUUUUAACUGUGGGAUAUUACUUUUUAACAUGCUAACACACAUCCAUUGCCACGGCUUGUAGGUGUUGUGGUAGGAAGUGCUUGCCACCCUGCGUAAUGCUGAUUUCUCAUGCACAUUGCAUGGCAGUUCUUCUAGGGUAACUUGCACCUAGCUCACAGGUCAUGUGUCCUCAGAAAUUUUGAGUAGAACUGAUUCACGUCUAGCAAGUCCAGCAGCUGUCCUUAAAAUGAGAAGGGAAAAGGAAAAAAAUUUUAAAAAAA